AUGUUAGCACUCCAUACUGCCCUUUAUGCCCUCGUCGGCACCUGCUUCCUCUUCUCCGUUGUCGAGCUGGGCUUGUGUGCCUACAUCGCUUCUGUCUGGAGCGGCACUCGCAGUGUAGGGUACGACGAUCUCUUUGCGGGCUAUGUCCCCAAGAAUGUGGACGUCAGUACCCCGGGCAUCCUGACGUUCCUGAUCUUUUCGGCUUGUUGGUCCAUUUUGGUCGCGGUCGCGGCCUUGGUGCUGCCCUGGUUCUACACUAGCAAGGGCUUCGUCACGGCCAAGUUGAAUGCCAUUCUCGGCAUUGUCUUUGCGGUUGUUUACUUUGUCACCUGGGUGUUCUGGUUGGCCUGCUUUGCCGAUAUUGCGUCUAUGCUUGGGGGCUUUACCAGCUAUAACAACUUCUUGAAUGCCGUGAUUGCCUUGGCCGUUCUGCUUUGGUUCCUCUUCCUCGAUCUCUUCAUCCUGUCCAUCCUGGCCCUCUGUGGGGUGCUCGUCUCCGACCGGGCGGGCUAUCAGUCGAUGCGUAAGACUCAGGUAGUCGACGCGCCGGAGACUCGAGAAGCCGGUCCUGCUGCUCAAGAUAUGCCUGCCAGUACGGUCCCUGCUCCUGCCCCGUCAGAGUUGUCGACUCGUGAAGUUGAGGCUAUGCAUAACCAGCCCGUUAGUCGUGCCCAUAGUACCUCGUCGCCGUCUGCCAUUGCUAGCGUCGAGCUUAGCGGCGAUAGCGCCAUCCACUCGCACCAUGCGAGCCACGCUUAA